AUGAGCAGCCCAGUCCAUCGAGUGUCACUGGGGGAUACGUGGAGCAGGCAAAUGAAUCCUGAUAUAGAGAGUGAGAGGUGCAAGCAGUCCUUCGAUGUGGAACGGCUCACCAACAUCCUUGACAGAGGCGCCCAGAACACUGCAAUCCGGAGAAAAGUUGAAAGCAUCAUCUGCAGUGACCCAGAGUUCAGCCUUAAGGACAUUUAUUUCAUGUCCCAAAAUGAGCGAUAUGAGAAGGCUAUUCGGCACAAAGUCCACUUCUUGAUGAUAGCACAGCGCCUGGGCUGGUCAAACGAUGGUCCUGAAUUACACUACGCUUACAGAACCCUUGCUGGAAAUAUGGGCUUAACCUUACACAGUGUAUUCCAGAAAGCCCUUGGGAGCCUGGGCUCAGAGGAACAGAUUGCCAAAUGGGGCAAACUCUGCGAAGAGUUCCAGAUCAUUACAGCAUAUGCCCAGACGGAAUUGGGACAUGGGACAUACCUUCAGGGCCUGGAAACUGAAGCCACCUAUGAUGCAGCCACCCAGGAAUUUGUGAUGCACAGCCCCACGCUGACUGCCAUCAAGUGGUGGCCUGGGGACUUGGGAUUGACAGCCACCCAUGCCCUGGUCCUGGCCCAGCUGAUCUGCUCAGGAGCCCGGCAGGGCAUGCACGCCUUUAUCGUGCCCAUCCGGAGCCUCCAGGACCAUACCCCUCUGCCAGGAAUCACUGUUGGAGAUAUUGGGCCCAGGAUGAGCUUUGAACAUUCAGAUAAUGGCUUCCUGCAGUUGGACCACGUACGGAUACCCCGGGAGAACAUGUUGAGUCGCUUUGCAGAGGUCUUGCCAGAUGGCACCUACAUCAGGCUUGGAACAGCACAGAGCAACUACCUUUCCAUGGUGGUGGUACGAGUGGGGCUGCUGUUGGAGGAGAUCCUACCCCAGCUGCAGAAGGCUUGUGUCAUCGCCACACGCUACUCGGUCAUACGCCGCCAAUCCCGGAUCCAGCCCAGUGAGCCAGAAGCAAAAGUCCUGGACUACCAGACACAGCAGCAGAAACUCUUUCCUCAGCUGGCCAUGGCCUAUGCUUUUCAUUUUCGGGCAGUCACACUCUUGGAAUUCUUCCAACAUGCCUACAGUGCCAUUCUGGAUGGAGACUUUAGCCUCCUGCCUGAGCUCCAUGCACUGAGUUCAGGUCUGAAGGCUUUGGUGUCGGAGUACUGCACCGAGGGGGCUGAAGUGUGCCGCAGGGCCUGUGGGGGACAUGGCUUCUCAAAGCUGAGUGGCCUGCCUUCCCUGGUCACCAGGGUGACAGCCUCCUGCACCUAUGAGGGUGAGAACACUGUGCUCUACCUGCAGAUGGCCAGGUUUCUGGUGAAUAACCACCUGCAGGCUCAGAUGUCUCCAGACACCACAUCCACAAGGUCUCCACCUCAGUCUGUCACGUAUCUCACUGCACCUGUCCUGGCCAGGUGCCCAGCUCAGCAGGCAGCCGACUUCCUCUGCCCGGAACUCUAUACUGCGGCCUGGGCACACAUGGUAGCCAGGCUCAUAAAGGAUUCGGUGCAUCAUUUACAGACCCUGACGCAGUCCGGGGUUGACAGGCACACAGCGUGGAACCAGACCACUGUCCUACUUGUCCAGGCUGCUAAGGCACACUGCUACUAUGUCAUUCUGCAGAGUUUUAUACAAACUCUGGAGAAACUAGAAGAUGAACCAGAGAUUCGGCAGGUACUCAAACGUCUCUGUGACCUCUAUGCCUUACAUGGGAUGUUGACCAACAUGGGUGACUUUCUCCAUGAUGGCUUCCUGUCUGGGGCCCAAGCAGACAUGGCAAGAGCAGCCUACCUGAACCUCCUCCCCCUGAUCCGGAAGGAUGCCAUCUUGUUAACUGAUGCUUUCGACUUCACUGAUCAUUGUUUAUAUUCAGCACUUGGCUGUUAUGAUGGAAAUGCCUAUGAACGUCUGUUCGAGUGGGCUCAGAGGUCACCGAUCAAUACUAAGGGGAACUCUGCCUAUGAGAAAUACCUAAGACCACUAUUACAAAGAGCCAAACUAUGA